AUGAGCGCUACGCACCCCCGAGACAACUCCUUCUGGUUGCACCCGGGGGCGAACGCGCGCUUGCGGCGGAUUAAUCGCAUGCGAGGCCCCCUUUGCUUCUGCCACCCACUAGGCACUCUGGCAUGGCUCUUGAAAGUUCGCCACUUGUGCACGACCUGCAAACUCGUGCAUUGGAGGAAUGGGUUCAGGAAUCUCUGGGGAGAGAACGGGGAUGAAAGGGAUGUGGAGAUGGAAUGCGAGGCUGAGGAUCAUGCCCCGAUGCCUGGAGCAUACAACGUGGCUGCCUCGCAGGCCCCUGUGACGAGCGGCGUUGCCAUUUCGCGUGAGGGGGUGCCGCACCAGGGAGUUUCCUUACAGGCGAUAACCAGGUCGCCCACGGUUAGGUCGGGCCCCGAAGCGAAUCCGGGCGCUAUUGCUAUCAGUCCAGGGAGGCAGGAAUCUGCGUUGAUCGAUGGUGCUGGAGCUCGACACGAGAGCCUUGCAGCACCUCCACAGCUAACUCAAUUCAACCUCCAAGGCAGCAGCCUAACCGGAAACACGAUCGUCAGUGGGAACUUGACUCAAAUUACGAACGUCGUGCAGCCGGUCGGAGUUCCUGAACAAAAACUGGAGAUCAUCUUGGAAUGGCUCGCGCCGAAAGUCAAUUUUCGGUCCAUCUACAUCCAGAAUCUGGAGAAGUGUGCGGAAGGAACACUUUCCUGGUUUCUCACAGGAGAAAAAUACGACGAAUGGAAGAACGGGAAAACCAAAGUGAUUUGGGGAAUGGGGAUUCCCGGGGCUGGGAAGACCGUUCUUGCAUCUCGCCUCAUCGAGGACCUCGAAAAGCAACCCGACAAGAAGAUUUGUAUUCUCUAUGCCUACUGCCGCUACACAGAGGCCUUGAGUGUCAAGGACAUCCUCGAAGGGCUGAUCAAACAAUGCCUCGAACGCCAUCCUGAGAUCGCCCCAGUCAUCAUCCCCGUCCUUGAGCGCCAUCGUCGCGAGAAAACCCGACCGUCUCUCAAUGAGCUCAUGGAUCUCCUCCGCACCAUUGAGCAACACUUCGACAUCGUAUUCUACAUCAUCGACGGUUUGGACGAGGCCAAGAUCGCCACUCAGUUCGACCUUGUCAAAGCGAUAAACUCACUGGGGGGACGCUUCGCCAUCACCUCCCGACCGCUCCAAACACUCGAGGGAGACCUUCACUCUGCUGCCUUCUACCCGGUCUGUGCGCAUAGAGAGGACAUCGAGCGUCUCGUGCGGGAAAAAAUCGACCAACACUCCCAUUUGCGUCGCCUUCUAGAACUGCACCGAUGUGAACAGAGAAUAAUUUCGGCGAUAGUGGACAAGUCUGGGGGAAUGUUUAUACACGCCGCACUGCAGGUCGACGCGCUCGGAUUUUGCAGCAGCCUCAGGGAUCUGGAAGAUGUCCUGAAGAAUUUGCCCCUCUCACUCAAGGACAUGUACCGCCAAACGGUCCAGCGCAUCAAAGCACGGUCUCCUGCUCAAGCUGAUCUUGGGAUGAGGGCUCUUCUUUGGGUAGUUUUCUCCCUAGACAAGGAGCGCUUCGGCAUCGAGCACUUGUUAUAUGCCGUUGCCACCGACCCAGAAACGCACGUGUUCGACGAGGAGCGGAUGGUUGACGAAGCGGCACUGAUAUCGGCCUGCUGCGGGUUGAUUGAGGUGCAGGAUACUUAUUGGGGGCGGUCGGUUCGCCUUGUUCACUACUCGGCUCAAGAGGCGCUUGCAACAAUACUGCUGGAAUGUUGCCCCCAUCCUCACACUAUGAUUCUUCAGACCUUGAUGCAGAGGCUUAUUUCCCUAGGCCUACCUCAAUCCCAUGUCGAGGACAACGAGGCACUAAGGAAUAUCCUAGAGCAACCACUUGCCCGAACAUCCCUUCCGUUUUACGGUUACGCGUUUGCAAGGGCCAACCCUCUUCAUCUAGCCGCUUACUAUGACCUGAUCGGUUUUAUUCCGAAGCUGGUGUCCGAGGAUGGUGUUUCCCCUGAUGGCCAGUACAACGUCAAUUCAACUACCGCGUCACACACCCCCUUGAGUAUCGCCUCGGAGCUCGGCCAUGUUGAGAUCAUGGAAGAGCUUCUCUGUUGCAGGACCACUGACCCCAACCUACACACGGAGCACGGCACUGCGUUGGUGGGGGCAGCUCGGGGGAGUACAUUCUCCGCCCUGGUACGGCUUCUGCAAGUCAAGGACAUCCAUGUCAACGCUACCGACCAACAGGGGACGACCGCAUUAAUGUACGCGGCUGAGAAUGACACUGCGUCAGAGGUUGAGGCACUGCUUCAGCAUCCAGAGAUCGACGUAAACGCACGCGACAACAAUGGCGACACUGCGUUGAUUCACGCGUCGAGGAGCAAUAUCAGCGCUGAUACCAUAGCCUUUUUACUCCGAGCGGAUGGGAUACAGGUCAACGCUGCCAACCGGAAAGGACAAACGGCUCUCAUUGAAGCCACUGCACCAUGCAUUGAGUCACAUAACGUCGAACAACUACUCGAAUGUGACGAGUUGGAUGUCAAUGCUGCAGACGAGGACGGCGAUACAGCAUUGAUUCGUGCAGCGCGCCGGUACGAUGGGGCGCCCAUGGCAGAUGGCAUACAAGUGAACACUGCCAACCGCCGAGGAGAAACAGCGCUUAUCGCCGCCUUACAAUGCGACGAAGAGUCGGUGGCUGAGGCCAUCGAAGAGUCGGUGGCUGAGGCCAUCGAAGAGGCGGUGGCUGAGGUCAUCGAAGAACUACUGGAAUGUGUCGAUUUGGAUGUCAAUGCUGCAGACCAGAACGGGGAUACGGCGUUGAUUCAUGCAGCACGCUGGCACAUCGCCGCGGCGCCCAUGGUGCGCCUUUUGCUCCAGGCAGACGGAAUACAAGUCAACACUGCCAACCGGCGAGGAGAAACAGCUCUGAUCGCCGCCUUUCAAUCCGAUGAAAACUUCCAAGCCAGGGCAGUGGCCGGCGUUGUCCAAGAACUGCUCCAAUGUGUCGAUUUGGAUGUCAACGCUACGGACGAGAACGGGGAUACAGCAUUGAUUUGUGCAGUGCGUCGGUGCUACGUCCCCAACGACGAUUUCAGAGGAGCCGAACUCUUGAACAUCAUACGUCGACUGCUCCAACACGACGGUAUACAGGUCAACGCUGCAAACAGGAACGGACACUCUGUUUUGAUGAUCGCCUCUGACAGAGGAUACACAGACAUCGUGGGGGAACUGCUCCAAUCCAAGUGGGUCAAUGUGGCCGCUGUCGAUCCGAAUGGUGAUACCGCGGCAAUCCUGGCAGCGCGUGCUGGACACGACGAUGUAGUGGACCAGCUCAUCCAGGCCGAUCAAGCCGUUCUCAACAUGGCCAACGCCGAGGGCCAGACACCACUUAUUGUGGCCUCCCCUCACGGGCAUGCAAGCACAGUGCUGCGGCUUCUUCAGUCUGGAAAGGUAGAUGUCAAUGCCGUUGAUAAGUCAGGUUCCACAGCACUCCUUGCGGCAUCCACCGACAACCACUGGCCCGUCAUUCUCCACCUUCUCCGAGCGGAUGGGAUCCGAGUCAAUCAAGCGAACCACAAGAGGAGAACUGCGCUCAUGCAAGCGUCAAAGUUUGGUCAUUAUACCAGCGCCAGCAUCCUUCUACGAUGCCAAAACAUUGAUAUCAAUGCUCGGGACUCCCUUGGGAACACUGCUCUAACCUUCGCGGCUUUUAAUGGCCACAGCACCCUCGUUCAGAUCCUCAUUGACCACGGAGGUGUAGACGCCAACUCUGCAAAUUAUUAUGGGCGCACCGCCUUGAUCUAUGCGGCAUGGGCCCGGCAUGAAGAGGUCGUCGAACAGCUCCUUCAAUCUGGCAUGGUAUCGGACGUCGGUCAUAAGGAUACGUAUGGAUAUGACGCCGUCAUUUUACUGGCUGCGCUCUAUCAGAAUACUUUGCCCGAAUCUCCAGGAUAA